GAGAAGAUUUUUCCGAAAACGCCCCAAUGUAAGCACCACUCGCCCUGCAGUCAGAUCUUUAUCAAAGCUAUACGGUUUUAUCAUACGCUGCUUUCUCUUCCACGCGAUGUGUUAUGCCAGCAUUGAGCCUUACAAUACAGAAAUGCAGAUCAUUUUCAAAUGGCUGGCUGCAAUUGGUAAACCCGACUGUAGUUAAUGUGUCUGUGCAGCAACCAGCCUUGUCUCUCGUGCAGAAGAUCUGGGCCCGGCGGCAAGAUCGUAGUUCCAGGAAACUUUUCUGGCCCGCAUCCUAUAGAUGUUGCCUUGAAACCCUACCAGCCGCCCGCUGCACAAUCCGCGCCCGAUGCUCAACUACACAAAAAAGGUACACCAAUUCUCGGUAAAAUAAAAUGGCUGCAAUUUGAGUUUGCAUGAAAAAUUUAGGUCCUAUCCAGAUCGGGAUUCAUGUGUGAGGCGAGGAAGGACACGGCGGAUAACAGUC